CGGUUAUUUAAUUUGAAAUUUUAAAUCAGUUGGAGUGAUGAGAACGAGAGCUAGAGCACAACCCGGAGCGCAGAACAAGAGUUUUCAAGACCAAAGCGAUUUAAAGACUCACACAUUUCACCAGACCUGCUUGAAGAGAAAGGGGACAGGAAUGGAGGACAUUGGAGACUUGGACUUGGUGCAGCUGGUUGAUGGCCUGGAUCCUGAGGAGCUCAUUUCACAGCUGGAGGAAAUGUGGGAUGAAGAACCAUUUCCAGAGGUGAAGUUUGAGGAGCCUGACCUGGAAGUGGUCUCACCUCUGAGCCUUCCAUCACCACCUCCGGCAGAAAGAGCAACAUCAGUGCUCCCUUCACCAUCUCCAUCCCUUCCUUCAGCAUCUCCAACCUUGCCAGUGAUGUUGACCCCUGCACUGGCUCCAGCUGCCCAUCUGACAGUGCUACCGUCACCAUCUCCUGCACGGCCUCCCUCCCACCAUCAGCCCGACGCUGCUUUCUCCAGCAACCACUGCUGCGUGAGCCACAAUGCUCAGUGGAGCCCUUGCUUCUACUUUGGCCCCAUGCCCUACUAUUCUGCAGCACAGUGGCCGCCGCAGCUCUACAUCCCAAACGUGACCUUGAACCACCACGGCCAUCAGACGACCCUUGUGCAACCUGUGGGAUAUUUUGUGCCAGUAAACCUGCUGCCCCAGUGUCACAACCUCUUUCGCUGACGUCACCGCCACAGCCUGCACCUCCUGCACUUGAACUGCACAGCCAGCUUCCACCACUGGACUCCUGGACCUCACCAGCCACUCGUCUGGGAUCUCCACCACAGCACUAGAAGCAGACUCUUGCUUUUCUGCAUAAUUAAAUAUCCAAAUCCGGAUUUCCAGUCUGCGUUUGAGUCCCCUGCUUCAACCACGUCACACCCAGUUGAUAGGGAGCCAGAGCUUCGUGCCAACUGGAUGUCUGUGCUGCUGAGAAGAAGAUGGGCGGCUGGAGACAUGCUGAGGAGCCAGUAAACCUUCAGCCCCAGUUGAUAGGGAGCAAGAGCUUCGUGCCAACAGGAGGUCUGUUCUGCUGAGACGAAGAUGGGCGGCUGGAGACAUGCUGAGAAAGGUGCCAGCGGGCCGAGAAGAUGCAGCAGAAAAGGGAUCAGGACGCAGGAAGAUCUUCAGCCGCCUAUUCUUCAUCAACAGCAUUAUCAUGACAAAUGAUGUAAAUGUGAG